CCUCUCUCUCUCUCUCUCUCUCUCUCUCUCCCCUUCUCCCUCCUGCUCUCCGCCUCCCUGCAGCGCCACGCCGGCUCCCCAGCCCUGUCGGCCGAUCGCGAGCCGCUGAGAGUUUGCCGAGCCGCCCCCCUGGGGCCCCGCGCCGCCGAGUCCCGCUAAGGCGAAGACGCAAGCAGGCCGGGGAGAGCGCGGAAGAAAAACAAGCGGGCGCGCCGCGGGAGCCCCAGGAGGGCGGCCGGGUGGCGGCGGAGGGCGGACGGGGCGGGCCGGCGCCGACGGCCGGGGGAGCGCGCACGGGAAAGUUCGGCCCCGGCGGCCGCGCGCCUGCCUCGCGGCGCUCCGGGAGAGGAACUUGCCCUCCGCGCGGCUCGAGCGGCGAGCGUUUCCCACCCGAGAGCCGGCCGAGCGCGCCGCGGCCGGGGGUGGGCGGCGAGGCGGCUGGCGGAGGGCGCCGAGGGAGCGCGGACGCCGCGGGCCCCCAUGCCGGCGGCCAACAUGCUGGAGAACCUGCAGCCGCCCGCCCUGCAGGUGCCCGAGCCGCAGGGCGCGCCCGAGGGCAGCCCGCUCUGGUCCAGCUCGUCGACCCCCACGCUCCGCCGCCGGCGCUUCAAGAUGCGCCGCAUGAAGAACGUGCAGGAGCAGAGCCUGGAGGCCGGGCUGGCCCGGGACCUGCCCGGCGUCUUGGCCCCCGGCAAGGAGUUCCUGCAGCUGCCGUCCAUCGAGAUCACGCCCUCCAGCGACGAGGACACCCCGUGGUCCAACUGCUCCACACCGAGCGCUUCCCCGCGCCGAAAGCGCUUCCUCCUCCGCAAGUGGCUCAGGGUGAGGGAGCGGAAGGAGUGCAGUGAAAGCAGCAGCCAGCAGAGUAGCCAGCAGAGCAGCCACGACGAUGAUUCCAGCAGGUUCCUGAGUCCUCGAGCGCGGGAAGAAAGCACUGCCAGUAACUCAAACCGCAGCACGCCGGCCUGCUCCCCCAUCCUCCGGAAACGGUCUCGCUCGCCAACCCCGCAGAGCCCGGACGGAGACACCAUGGUGGAGAAGGGCUCAGACCACUCCUCGGACAAGUCCCCGUCCACGCCGGAGCAGGGCGUCCAGCGCAGCUGCUCCUCGCAGUCCGGCCGGAGUGGCGGCAAAAAUUCCAAGUCUCACAAGCGCCUCUCAAAAUAUGACAGACUUAACCUGAUCAAAAAAAGCCAGAGUUGGUAUAACGUAUUAAGCCCAACUUACAAGCAGAGAAAUGAAGACUUCAGAAAGCUCUUUAAGCAACUUCCAGACACGGAGCGCCUCAUUGUUGAUUACUCAUGUGCACUCCAAAGAGACAUUCUUCUUCAGGGCCGACUCUACCUCUCUGAAAAUUGGAUCUGCUUCUACAGCAACAUCUUCCGCUGGGAAACUCUGCUGACUGUCCGUUUGAAAGACAUCUGCUCCAUGACUAAAGAAAAAACAGCUCGCCUCAUUCCCAAUGCCAUCCAAGUUUGCACUGACUCAGAAAAGCACUUUUUCACUUCAUUUGGAGCCCGGGAUAGGACGUACAUGAUGAUGUUCCGGCUCUGGCAGAAUGCACUCCUCGAAAAGCCCCUGUGUCCCAAGGAGCUCUGGCACUUUGUUCACCAGUGCUAUGGGAAUGAAUUGGGCCUUACCAGUGACGACGAGGACUACGUGCCCCCCGAUGACGACUUCAACACUAUGGGCUACUGUGAGGAGAUCCCUGUGGAAGAGAAUGAAGUGAAUGACAGCUCGUCGAAAAGCAGCAUCGAGACCAAGCCAGAUGCCAGUCCUCAGCUACCCAAGAAAUCCAUCACCAACAGCACGCUGACAUCCACAGGGAGCAGCGAAGCCCCCGUGUCGUUUGAUGGCUUGCCCCUGGAGGAGGAGGUGCUGGAUGGCGAUGGGUCCCUGGAGAAGGAGCUUGCCAUUGACAACAUCAUCGGGGAGAAGAUGGAGAUCAUUGCACCCGUGACCUCCCCUUCGCUGGACUUCAAUGACAACGAGGACAUCCCCACCGAGCUCAGUGACUCUUCCGACACCCAUGAUGAAGGGGAGGUCCAGGCCUUCUACGAGGACCUGAGUGGCCGGCAGUACGUGAAUGAAGUCUUCAACUUCAGUGUGGACAAGCUCUAUGACCUGCUGUUCACCGACUCGCCCUUCCAGCGGGACUUCAUGGAGCAACGGCGAUUCUCCGAUAUCAUCUUCCAUCCAUGGAAGAAGGAAGAGAAUGGCAACCAGAGCCGAGUGAUUCUCUAUACCAUCACCCUCACCAACCCUCUGGCUCCUAAAACUGCCACUGUCAGGGAGACACAGACCAUGUACAAGGCGAGCCAGGAGAGUGAAUGUUACGUGAUAGACGCCGAGGUCCUCACGCACGACGUGCCCUACCACGACUACUUCUACACCAUCAAUCGCUACACCCUCACCCGCGUGGCUCGGAACAAGAGUCGACUCAGGGUCUCCACAGAGCUGCGCUAUCGAAAACAGCCCUGGGGGUUAGUGAAGACCUUCAUCGAGAAGAACUUCUGGAGUGGGCUGGAGGACUACUUCCGCCACCUGGAGAGCGAGCUGACGAAAACGGAGAGCACCUACCUGGCUGAGAUGCACAGACAGUCUCCCAAAGAGAAGGCCAGCAAGCCCCCAACGGUACGGAGGAGGAAGCGCCCCCAUGCUCACCUGCGGGUGCCUCACCUGGAAGAGGUGAUGAGCCCCGUCACCACACCCACUGAUGAAGAUGUGGGCCACAGGAUCAAACACGUGGCAGGUUCCACGCAGACACGGCAUGUCCCCGAGGACACCCCUAACGGCUUCCACCUGCAGAGUGUGUCCAAGCUGCUGCUGGUUAUCAGCUGUGUGAUCUGUUUCAGUCUGGUGCUGCUGGUCAUCCUUAACAUGAUGCUCUUCUAUAAACUCUGGAUGUUGGAAUACACCACCCAGACCCUCACUGCCUGGCAGGGUCUGAGGCUCCAAGAAAGGGGUCUGGGAGCACAGGAGAGUCCACUGAGCAUAACUCCAGCUGCCAGGGUACCCCUUCUUCUACCCCACAGGUUACCCCAGUCUCAGACAGAAUGGGCCCAGCUCUUGGAGUCCCAACAAAAGUACCACGAUACUGAGCUCCAAAAAUGGAGGGAGAUCAUCAAAUCCUCAGUGAUGCUUCUUGACCAGAUGAAGGACUCUCUCAUCAAUCUUCAGAACGGCAUCAGGUCCCGCGACUACACAUCAGGAAGUGAAGAGAAGAGGAACCGCUAUCACUGACCAGGCAGGAGCAGGGGUGGCUGCAAGAGGCCUGUGCAAUACGUGUACAUAGACCAUAUAAAUAUAUAUAUAUAAAUAUAUAUAUAUACAGAAUAUAAAUAUAUAUAUAUUAUAUACAGAUUUUAAAAAGAGAUAAUGCCUAUGUACCAGGGAGAAGGAGCCGGACGGCCUCCUGUGCUGGCCGGGCCGAGGGGCCGAGGAGGGCAGGGACCACCUCUCAGCACCGACCUCCCCUGAUCCUCCUCCUCCCCAUCCCUUCCCCCACCCCCAACCCUUUCCCUCACUGGCCGUCCUUGGCUCUGAGAAGGGAAAUGUUGUUGAGCCAAAGUUAUGCCUGUGAAGACCCUGGGGUCUCGAAGUCUCAAGGGGGCAUUGCUUAAGGUGCUUCAUUCCCCAAUCCUCUUUUGAUUUGUCUCCAAAAUAAAAGAGAAUCUCCUGCCCCCCACCCCACCCCACCCCCCCUCCCCCCUACCCCCCUACCCCCCUCACCUCCCCAGGUGCUCUCUUGUGAACAGGAAGCAUCCAGGGCGGGAGCCCAAUCAAAAGUCUGCCACCUGAGGCCACGCCCCUUUCUGUGGACGCCAUGCCGCCAGCCCGUUGGGGGUUGGAGGGCUGGGAAAGCUGUGCCUGUGUGAUUGGGCUUUGUAGCUGAAGGCUCCCCUGGGGACUUGUGUACCUAACGGUGUUCUCCUCCGUCACCCCUGCACCUUCCCCUAACCCGUGUAGGGUGUGGACCCAAUAAGGGCUGGGAAUUUCUGACCUUCCCACCCCCCUUCUCUCUGGUCUUCUCCCAGGCUGGAUCUGGGUGAAGUGUCACUUUUUAGUGCCUAAAGCCCUAUUUUUUCUCUGUGCCCUAAGAGCACACAUUGUUUAUUAGCCAGGAUGGAGCAUUUUUGAUCUUGUUAAACCCCUUUUUAAGUGGUUAUAAGCAAGGAGGGCCUGUGGCUCUAAUUCCUUCAUUUUGAGCUGUCCAUUUGAUUUCCGGGACGAUCCAGGGUGCCCUAGGGACGUCCGGGGUUUGGGAGAGUGAGUGCCCUCACAUUGUACAUAUUGUGGGUUCACACGGAACGCUGUGUAAGUAGUGAGCAACUUGGUGAGUGCUCACUUGGCUGCCAGCAUCGUUUACUCUAAGAGAAGAGCCAACUUUAGUCAAGGGAGACACUGGAGACCUUCUGCACAAGGAAGGAGACCUAGGCUUUUGGAAGGAAUACAUUUAGGAAACGUGCGUGCAUUUGUGAAGGAAAAGGCCUGAUUGAGUCUCUGCCCUUCGGGGGCCAUUCCAAAUCCUGUUUCUAAGACUUAGGAGAAUUCUGGUAAAGGGGGCAAAGCCUUCUCUGGUCUCUGGCCCCAGGGAGGUAUGAGAGCACUGAGGAGGAGAAAGUGAGUCAUCCAGAUCCAUUUUGGAGUUGGUUCACUAGGAUUGGUUCACUAGAAUUCGUGCACUUAUCUGACCUCUAUCUGACCUCGUCGGGCCCUUAUAGCCACGAUUACCAUUUUUUAUUCACUAACUGCUAUUCUAACAUAUAAUGACCAGAGGGAUCCUGCCAGCCCCAGGCAGAGCUCACAGUGCUCAGUCAGGAAAGGAUUGUACCAGUUUGGCAAGGAAAGUUCUUUUAGAUUGCUCAUUAUUCUAGUGGGCGUCUUGAUGCGAGGGACAGAAGAAACGCAGGGCUUCUCACUGAUGUGGCCCAAAAGAAGGGCAAGUUGUGUUCUUCUCUUGGAAUGGCCGGAGCAUCCCACUUUUAUAAUCAAAGACAAGUUUUUGACUUUUUAGUCUGAGAAUAUGGCCUUAUUAUUGCCCUAAGAGCAGGAAUACAUGCCCCAGGGGAGUAGGCUGAGAAGGCUCCACAGAAUCAGCUAGAAUUGAUAUCCCUCCUCUAGAAAAGGAGAUGUGAGGGAUGGAGUUGAACAUAAUCCUUGGGAAGGGUGCAUGGGCCCACGGGUCAGUGGGUCACCACUCACUCUUGUCCGGGGCUUUGAAUGGGAGACGCCCUGGUGAGGGUCAGGGCUCGUGGGCCCUGGGCCAAAGGAGGAAUAGUGCAGACUGCUAGAAAUUUUCCUGUUCCAGUGGCCAGAAGCCAAAGUUAGUCUCAGAAACUUUUGAAAGCAAAAAUGGUAAAUUCUCUAACUUAAUCCAUGUACCAUUAUUUAUCUAAAUCCAUUCAAUUGUUGAAGGUCCCAUGGUGGGACCUUUGGGGUAACUUACAAAGGGUUCUCUGCCGGCAGUAAAGUAAUACAAGUGGGCCUGGCUACGCAGAGUUGCUCAGCUUUUGCUUUACCUCUUCAGCCCUUCCAGGGAGGAGUAGGUAACAGGGAGGGACGCAUUUAGUAUGUCCAAGGAAUCAUCAUGGUUUCUGGGGGUGUGAGCCUGGGAGACAGGGUCUGCACACAGGGAACAUCCCUCCACCCGCCUCUUUCCUAGGAAUCAUGAUCUCUCUAGUGGGCCUCUCUGAUAUAAUAAUGUUUUAAACCUUCAAGCCAGGAGAAAGCUCAGCACCUCUGUUGACUCCCAAACAAAAGCUUCCCCCCCCUCCCCUUAUUCAAUAGCCUGUCAAA